AAUAUGAGCUGUUAAACACGUUGCUUACACAAAUGUUAAUAAGGGACCCUUUUCAUGGAAUGAUUUUUCCAUUAUGAACAGUUCUUCUAACUUUGUAUGCAUCUAUUGCUAUGAAUUCACUUCUAGGACAUAUAAAGUUUUUAAGUUUUUGAUGCAUUUUUCUGUUUUAAUAUUUGUUGCACUGCUCUUGGCCACUGAGCACACAAGGUUCUUGAACAUCAAUUUUUUGGAAGGGGGCUAAAUGAAUGCAUCUCUCACCUCGCAAUUAAGGACCUGAGGUGAGGUGGGUGAGGAGGGAAUCUAAAGUUUUCUUUUCUCAGGGGAGGAGCAAACCGGUGCAGGAAAAUAGAUAAAAGCUCUGUUUAAGAAGCUGGAGUUGUUGCGAUAUUAUCUUCGGCAAGGAGCGCACAGAGAAUAUACCUUUCCUACCUAGAUUUAUUAUGGCAUUAUAGCUCGGUGACACGUCUUUCGCUCAUUACUCGGUUGUCGUAUCUCAAAUCAGGUUUUUUAACCUCCCUACCAACCGUAGGAUACUUCAAUGUAUGUGUGGUGUUCGCUUGAGCGCGUGUGCUCGCGAUGUUUUGAAGUCAUUAGUCGCGUUAUCAACCUGUUACUCGGCUUCACAGACGAAUAAAAAGGAAUAUCGGAAAGUUUAAUUUCCUCCAGAACACAUCCUGAUAGAUUUAAAAGAUAAAGGAUCUGCUGGGAAGUGUGAUGUGAAUGUAAGUGCGGGUAGCUGUGGUCUGUUCUAGUAAAUCGAGACGCGUAAAAGUGAUUCAGAAGUCGUACAUAUGCAGAAUAACGUUCAUCUCCACACGUCCCGAAGGAUAUCAGCUCAGGUGUUCACGUCGAGUUGUCACGGAGUUUUGCAUCCCUCCAAGGACUUGUUUCGCUUGUGACUGAGUUGUUAGGCUACCCAUCAGGAGACUACUAUCAUUAACACUGUAUUAACAAAGUUCAGGCUGAACAUGAGCAGGAAAACACGCCGCUGGAUUUUUCACAUCUUCCUCUGUUUGGGGAUUAUAUAUUUGAAGAUUGGGGGCUUUUCCUCCGUGGUUGCGUUGGGAGCGAGUGUUAUCUGUAACAAAAUUCCUGGUUUGGCCCCUCGUCAAAGGACUAUCUGUCAAAGCCGGCCUGACGCUAUCAUUGUCAUUGGAGAAGGAGCACAAAUGGGAAUCAAUGAGUGUCAGUUUCAAUUCAAAAAUGGAAGGUGGAACUGCUCGGCCCUUGGGGAAAGAACUGUCUUUGGAAAAGAGUUGAAAGUGGGAAGUAAGGAAGCAGCCUUCACCUACGCCAUUAUUGCUGCCGGGGUCGCCCAUGCCAUCACAGCAGCCUGCACUCAAGGUACGCUGAGCGGCUGUGGUUGUGACAAGGAGAAGCAGGGCUUCUACAACCAAGAGGAAGGCUGGAAGUGGGGAGGAUGCUCAGCUGAUAUUCGUUAUGGUCUGAGCUUCUCAAAGGUGUUCAUAGACGCACGGGAGAUCAGGCAGAACGCCAGGACACUCAUGAACCUCCAUAACAAUGAAGUGGGACGCAAGGUGUUGGAAAAGAACAUGCGUUUAGAGUGUAAAUGUCAUGGUGUAUCUGGAUCCUGCACUACCAAGACUUGCUGGACUACUCUCCCAAAAUUCCGGCAGUUGGGUUACAUCCUCAAGGAGAGGUAUAACCAUGCUGUACACGUGGAACCGGUCCGAGCCAGUCGAAACAAGCGGCCUACCUUUUUGAAGGUUAAAAAUCCUUACUCAUACCGGAAGCCCAUGGACAUGGAUUUAGUGUACAUUGAGAAGUCACCUAACUAUUGCGAGGCAGAUCCCGUGACGGGUAGCAUGGGAACCCAGGGCAGGAUCUGCAACAAGACUGCUCAGCAGGCCAAUGGCUGCGACCUCAUGUGUUGUGACCGAGGAUAUAACACACACCAGUACUCACGCGUGUGGCAGUGCAACUGCAAGUUUCUUUGGUGUUGCUACGUCAAGUGCAACACCUGUAGUGAACGGACAGAAGUAUACACGUGCAAGUGAAAUCUUUGUUGCUGGGGAAUUGAUACACACCUGCGACCUUUGUGGUAGAGAGUCUACAAGUGUCACAUCAGGAUGACCACUGCUAUGGAUGCCAGGUAAAGGAAAGAGCCAUUUGCACUGGAAAUCGUGGGACUGGUGGAGUCUAUGCAGAUUAAUUGCAUGCAUUGCAUGCUGUUUUGCUCCAGAGUCUUCUGAGGGCUUCGGUGUCGGUACCAGUAGAUACCUUUCUGUUCCAGUACUGAGCAACAGAGCGAAGUAGCCAGCAAAGGCUUGAUCUGUAGACCGUAAGAAAGAUGUGGGGUGUGAUUAUUGAGGGUGUUCUGCUCUGCAGACAGCACAGAAGGUAUUUCUGAGGAACUUUUUAGCCUGUGUAAGUGACAUUACAAAUCUUGUAACAUAAACUGUACAUGGACACAACAAUGAUAUUUAACGUUUUAUUUAGAGAAAAUGGCUGAUGUUAAUUUAUUUCAUAAGGAAACUACUGAUUUCUCAUUGUGUUUACUAGCUUAGAUUUAGCUCUUCUCCUGUUUGAUAUUAUGUGUUUUACAUAGAAAUAAACUGACCAACUUUUACACUGUACAUCAUGUGCUUUAGCUUAGGGAUGAACCAACAACAAUGCACAAUACAAAAACAAGUGCACUGCACUCAACGUGUAAUUACUAGUCUCUGAAAGAGGAGACUCUACUGUCUUUUAUGUAUCAUUGUAAAGCUUUUUGCUUCCAUUUUCCCAUCCUUUUUAAGUGUCAACCCUUGCACAUAUAUUCCUACAAGUACACACUGGAAUUGUGCAUCAUGUUUGAAGGCUUAUUCCUUCCUAAGUGAAUAAACAAGUAUGAACUAUUUUUAGAACCCUGGUCCACAAGAACAUUUGUGAUUGAACUCUCUUUAAAUUUGAAUAUUCCAAUUAAAAUAAGUGUAUUUAAAUGGGAUCUAAAUUCUACCCGAAUAAAAUUUGAGACCUCAUUUGACACCAAAGCUUUAUGCUAAUUAGGCCACAAGCUUCCAUGGCUUUUGGCUAAUUUUUACUCUGUUGGCAGACAAAGAGAAUCAGCAGUUAAUUCACUUUUCGAAUGGAAUAGCUUCAGUACAGAUGCCCCACCUGUUACUAUUACUGAUGUGGAAUGUUGAGAUCAGAUAACCAGUUCUAUUAAUGUUAUAUAUUAUAGGUAAUAUAACACUGUUAUGCUGCUAGUUUUGUUCUGUUCUGCAACUGUAGUUAAUAUUACCCUUUCGGAAAUUAACCACGUUUGUAUUGUAGUAAAGGUGUAGUAACCAUGUUUUUUUGGUGGAUUGAUUACCAUUUGUAUAAUCACAGUUUUACUACAAAUACCAUGGUUGAUUUUUUGUAACCAUGGUUUUUUGGUUUUAUUUGUAGUAAAUCCAGGGUUCAUUUUCGUAAGGGUAGUAGUAUUUUGUGUGUUGUAAGCAAAUGUGGUUGUCCAGACAGACUGUCCCUGUGUUGACAUAUAUUUUGUAAGAGAUUAUUUUUAUAUUUUAUUUAUUCUGUGUAAAGGAAAAACCCUCUACCAUUGUCCUUUAGAUGGACGGAAAUUAGACAGAUAAGCUAGAUAUAGUGUGAUUGUGUCAUGGUACCAGCUUGAGCAGUUUAACUACAUCUCAAUGAAGUAUCACUCAUAGUGAUGUAGUUGCCAAGUAUGUAAUGAUGAAAAGAUAUUACAGUUGCGAUCAUACUGAUGUUCAAAUAUUACACUUUCAAUCGUAGCAUUUUUAUGGCAAAGGUCCUGGAUGUGCGAUCAAUAAAGGAAAAUAGUGGGAUCAAUAAGGGUAAAUAGUCCUGGGACAAAACUCUCUGGUGAUGAGAAAAAUUCACGGCUAAGAGUUUUUACCAAAGAACAUCUGAAUUUGAGUGUGGCUCUUUGUCAAGAGCUUUAAAGCAGGAUGGCCUUGAUGUAAUUACUAUUUUACAAAAAUCUGUGAUUUUAAUAGAUGUUUUGCCAAAUUGAUCGUGCUUAAUGAUUGUGUCAUCAUAAAUGAUUUAAAAAAAUCAUGCAUUAUGCUUUCAACAGUGUUAAUAAAUAUUUCCUUGGCUUG